AUGGAUCUCGCUCGCAUCACAGCUGCGAACAUUGACGGCCGCACUCAGAAUGCGCGCUACCGACAAUCGCAAUUUCAGCGUCUACAGUCAACUCUCGUGGAGCGCAUUGCAGACAUCCAGGAUGCCAUCCGAGCCGAUUCGGGACACACCCAGCAAGAAGUUCGGGCAGAAGUCAUUCUGGCGAUGCAGGAGCUUCGGACUCACUAUGCGUCUUGCGAUAUUCACAAGGACUUGGAAAUUGAGUAUCGCAUUGCCAAGGGCCAGAACAAUGGGGACAACGUCCAGGGCGCGGGCAUUGUAUACAUUGUGCCCUCGACGCAUACGUUGUUCUUUUCCAUCAUCUCUACGCUGACAGCUGCAAUGGCUGCAGGCAAUUGUGUUGUGCUAGAGCUGCCUCAAACUACCAUGUCCCUGCCCGUUUUGUUGCGACAAAUUCUCCCUGGGGCCUUGGAUCAUGAUACUUUCACCAUCACCAGUCAGCGACCUGACCCAUCUUUCAUGAGCAAAGCUCUGUUGGUGGACCAAACGGGCUCCGAUGCCCCCAGCGGGCUCAUCUCCUCCGCGACCUCGCGCAGCGUCGCGAUUGUCGACCGUUCUGGCGACGUGACUGAGGCUGCACAUGCUUUGGUGACCGCGCGCUUUGCUUUGGGUGGCAGGUCUCCAUACAGCCCCGAUGUCGUGCUUGUGAACGAGUUUGCGAUGAAGCCAUUUGUGGAAGCCGUCAUUCAGCGCGCAUCUAAGUACCUCGCCGGGGAGAAUGGAGAAGCCCGGCAAUCACAGGCGCCCACGCGGCGACAGAGUCUUCUGGACUCCAUCCACAAGGAUCGAUCGGCUCGCAUCUUGGUUUCAGGAAGCAACUGGGGUGUGGUCGAGGUUCAAGAUCGCAAAUCACCACUGUUGAAGAAGAAGAUCGACGAGAAGGUGCUUGUGGUUCACCCGGUCACCAGUCUGGAUGACGCGAUCGAUAUGAACUUCAACCAAACGCUUGCCGCCGUCUAUGCCUUUGCAGCUCCCGCCUCGGCCAAGUAUCUUACCCAAUUCAUUGACGCCAACAUCUCCUGGGUUAACCAUGUUCCAAGCAAUAUGCUGAUUGGGCCGGCUAUUCCCCGCAACACUCCUUACAGCCAAACCACACGCUACGCCAUCGGUCACUUCCAGAAGCCACGACCCCAGCUGAUCACACCCUCCACCGCCACCUUUGCUGUAAAUUCAAUCUUGGAUACCAAGAGCACUGUUCGCUCUGAUGCCUUGUGGCGGGCAGCUCUCUCACCACUUCCUCCAACAAAGCAACGUGCUGGUUUCAAGAUUGGAUUCUUUGAGCAAGGUAUUUUGACCGGUGUCAGCAUUACCCUGAUCUCAUUGAUCGCAACAUUCUCGACUGUGGGAUACUAUACGUGGGUUUAUGUGAGGAUGCGUGGUUGA